CUUUGUAACUACGGAUGUUUCUCAGACUUCCUAGUUUUGUACCUCUGUAUGAUGAUUUUUCAUAGUAGGCUGCAGUGUUUUAAUCAAGAGGUAUGCAAUGGCAAGUGUCUUUUUUUUCUCUAUACCCAGAAGGCUGCAAAUAUAGCAGGUUAA